AUGUAUACCGCGUCUUUCGCCUUCUUCGAGGCGCUAUGGGACGCCGGCGUUACCCACUGCUUCGUGAACCUGGGCUCUGACCACCCCAGUAUCAUUGAAGCCAUGGUCAAGGGUCAGAGGGAGCGAAAGGGAAACUUUCCCAGAAUCAUCACAUGUCCCAACGAAAUGGUUGCCAUGUCCAUGGCUGAUGGCUACGCCCGCCUGACCGGAAAACCGCAAUGUGUUAUUGUCCACGUCGAUGUGGGAACGCAAGGUCUCGGCGCUGCUGUCCACAACUCAUCAUGCGGCCGCGCACCGGUUUUGGUGUUUGCCGGUCUGUCUCCCUUCACCAUCGAAGGCGAGAUGAGGGGCAGCAGAACAGAGUACAUUCACUGGAUUCAGGAUGUUCCCGAUCAAAAGCAAAUCGUUUCGCAAUACUGCCGGUACUCUGGCGAGCUCAAGACAGCAACCAAUGUCAAGCAAAUGGUCAACCGCGCCCUUCAGUUCUCCAAGUCGGACCCGCAAGGGCCCGUAUAUCUUUGCGGCGCUAGAGAGGUGAUGGAGGCCGAGGUCGAACCGUACAGCAUUCGUCAAGAGGAUUGGGAUCCCGUUGAGCUCGGAGGGCUUCCCAAAAACGCCGUCAACAAGAUUGCCGAGGCAUUGGCUGGUGCAAAGGAGCCCCUGAUUGUCACUGGAUUCGGCGGCAGAGACCACCAAUUCCCUGGCGCUCUCGUCGAACUCGCAAACACCGUCAAGGGCUUGCGCGUUGUUGACACGGGUGGUAGCGACAUGUGCUUCCCUGCAGACCACCCUGGCUGGCUGGGACUUCGAUUUGGUAUUGAGGACGCGGUAAACACUGCCGAUGUCAUUGUCGUUCUCGACUGCGAUGUACCAUGGAUCAACACCCUGUGCCACCCCAAGAAGGACGCCAAAAUCUUCCAUAUUGAUGUCGAUCCGCUCAAGCAGCAAAUGCCCGUCUUCUACAUCGCCGCUCAGUCGAGAUACCGAGCGAGCAGCCUGUUGUCAAUUGAGCAGAUUACUGCACACCUAAAGGGUCAGUACGCUGCCCAACUGGAGUCUGCGGAAGCCAAGGAGCGCGGAGAAAAGGUCAAGGAGUCUCACAAGCAACUCCUUGCCAAGAUCGAGGAGAAGGCGCGGCCCAAGGCGGAUGGCGAGUUCGGCACUGGCCACCUUACCCGGUCACUGAAGAAGCUGUGCCCAGAGGACACGAUCUGGGCCAUUGAGGCUGUGACAAACACCAUUUUCGUCCAUGACAAUCUUCAGCCCACAUUGCCCGGAUCUUGGAUCAACUGCGGUGGCGGUGGCCUUGGAUGGUCUGGCGGUGGCGCUCUCGGCAUCAAGCUGGCAACCGAUUUCGAGAAUGGUGGCAACAACAAGGGCAAGUUUGUUGUGCAAAUUGUUGGUGAUGGCACGUUCCUCUUCUCUGUGCCGGGUAGCGUAUACUGGAUCGCCAAGCGAUACAAUAUCCCUAUCCUGACGAUUAUCUUGAACAACAAGGGAUGGAACGCCCCUAGGCGGUCACUUCUUCUGGUGCACCCUGAUGGUGAGGGCUCCAGGGCGACCAACGAAGAGAUCAACAUUUCAUUCGACCCGGCACCCGAUUAUGCUGGCAUCGCCAAGGCGGCAGCUGGUGGAGACUUGUUUGCUGCCCGCGUAGACAACGCGGCGGAUCUUGAUGGUGUGCUGAAGAAAGCUAUUGAGACGGUGCAAGGCGGUCAGCCCGCUGUUUUGGAUAUCAAAGUGGCAUUGGGUUCCUAG